GGAAGCCGGUUUUAGGGAUUUGCUUGGAGAGCGGACUAUGUAACUUGCAUCAGUUCCUUAACAUAGAAAAAUGUUAAGGACAGUGCUACUGCAGUUGAUACACUGCGUGUUGGGACUCGGUGUAUUCUUGCGGCAGAUCAUUUUUCAAUUUCCACUUGCGUACAGCGUGUUGGGAAAGAAAACUGCUAUCACGAAAAUAAGAUCUGAUGCCAAAAGUUUGAAGAAAUUGCCUCUCCACGUGGGAGUAGUGGUCGUGGAAAAUGAAUAUUCUUACUCCGAUCUUGCCAACGUUAUUGUUUGGUCGGUGGCAUUUGGUAUCUCCUAUAUAAGUGUAUAUGAUAUAAAUGGUGAAAUAAAAAGAAAUAGUUUUUUACUCCAGUCUGAAAUACAGAAGAGCAAAGAGCACAUCCUAGCUUCAGAUCAGAAUAAAUUUGAUAUUGAUUUCCAUUCCAAGAGCAGCUCGGAGAAAAAGGAUGGAGGCUGUUCGAAUAUCAAGCAGAUAAGGGUGCGGCUUCUCUCCCUUGGCGAUGGUCGCCAGAACCUGGUGGAGAUGACGCAGUCCCUGAGUAAACUGGUGUCAGGGCACCAGUACCGCUUGGAAGACAUCACGCCGUGUACUGUGGAUGCCUUGCUACAAGAUGCCCACAAGUUCCCUGACCCAGACAUGGUGAUACGAUUUGGGCCAGUAGAUUCACUCUUGGGAUAUUUACCAUGGGAAAUUCGACUAAGUGAAAUAUUGUCUAUAUCAUCACAUUGGAAUAUUAGCUACAAGAAUUACCUGUCGCUGGUGUCAACGUACGGGGACACAGAGCAGCGGUUCGGGAAAUAGCUCCCCAUCCUCCAUCCUCCUCCUCCUCCUCCACAGCUCAGCAUGACACUCACUCACUAGUCUCCGGUAGAAGUAGCCAGGUCCUGGUGUACCAUUACAGCUCCUUGUGCUCACGAUGUACCCAGGAUCCACUCACAGAUGAUUCCUGCAACAUGUGUAGAUGCCAUCCCAUUGAUUGCCAUUAUUGAUUAUUUUAGUCCAGGAAUUAACAUAUUGAUUUGAUGUACAGAAAUUACUUUCAUUUGUUAUAUUUCAUUUCUUCUCACAUCUGAGAAACUCGUACAUGCGUACAAGUAGUUUUGAGGGAGACAGUUUGCUUUUCAGUAACACUGCUGGGGUAUGUUCUAGGCUUGUUUUGGCUGAGGAAAGAGUGGUAUGACGUUGACAAUGAACAUUUAAGCCUUGUCGUAACUGAUUAAAAAGUUCAAUACGACAUGGAUUUGGAAAAUAUGAAACCUUCCAUUUAGUCCAGCUGUUAGUCUGUCCCGGUGUACUGUGUCAGCAUACUUCCCUUCAUUGUCACAGCUGGUGACUCUGCCCUCUGUUGGUUGUACUUCCAGCUGAGGGACAAGUUGUGGGUGAGAUGUGUCACUUGAAAUGUUUUCUAAAUCGUCAAACACAGGGUGAUUUUCUUUUCAAUUUAUGCAACCUUCAAACAUGUAUGACUCAAACAUGUAUGACUCAAAACUAAUCCUGCUAUCUACAUUUGUUUGUUAAAUUAAGCAUUUACUAACAUUUCAUAUUUGUUCAAUCCUGAUUUUUAAAAACAAUUAGUUUCUUGUUUGUUAAUGUAGAACAUGUCGCAAAAUGACUUUUAAAACUUGAAAUUCAAAAGCAGUUACAAUAUUAUUUUAUGUCAUGUGGCAUUGUGCAAUCUAUAUCAAUAUAUACGUCUACUUAAACCAUGUUAAGUGUCAUUACUGAUGUCUGGUUGAUUGAAGACUGUACAUGACUUGCUUCACAUACAUCCUGGUUGGUUAGCCCAGCGGGUAAGGUUUGACUCCCCACAUGUGUACAUUGCAUGAAGCCUAAUCUUGGUAACACCAGCUAUGAUAUGGCUGCAAUAUUUCUUAAAGAAUUCACUCACAAUGUUGGCACUAACGUCAUGUUUAUCCUUCAGUCUGAGUUACAGGGGCGGCAGAGUAGCCUAGUGGUUAAAGCGUUCACUCGUCACGCCAAAGACCCAGGUUCGAGUCCCUACAUGGGUGCUAUGUGUGAAGCUCAUUUCUGGUGGAAUUAUUGCUGGAAUAUUGCUAACAGUGGCGUGUCCCAUGCCGUGAUAUUGCUGGAAUAUUGCUAACAGUGGCGUAAAACCAAACUCACUGGUGUGAGUCACACAUGUUACAGGGAAUGUUUCUUAGCAAUGGCUGAUCUGUAAUCCUUAACAGAAGGCAAACAUUUCCAGAAAUUCCUUGCAAUUAUCCUGGUAAUCAUGUUAAUCAAUGAUAAUAGUUGAACAAUACGGUGUAAUCAGUCACUUUCUUUUCGAGGGAGAGUUUAUGGAUGUCAGCUUCUUUAUUAUGAGGAACACAUCGCUUCGGAUGAAUGCUGGGAUGCAGGGAGCAUAUAGGUACAUGUAGAAAAGACAAAAGUAACAAGCAAAUGAGAUAACAGAAGCAGAAACAUUCAUUCAUCAUGUUCAUUCAUUAAUUAGUGUUCAAUCAUUCACUCACCUGAUGAAGGAGUAAGUUCCUCAUCAUACCGGUAAUAUAGAAGUUGACAUCCAUUUAUUCUCUCUUAUGUGUAUCACUUCUAAAUGCCAUUCAGAACCUUGACACUUUCUUUUUUUCAUUAAAAUGUCUCAUAUUGUUUGAUAUUGCCCUGGCUGCACAAGGAAAAAAACCAAGUGGUUUAUGAUUGUGGAAAAAGUUUUUUUGCUGACCGGUCGCCUUGCGCUAUUGUUUUAGUAAAAUGCAUUAUUUUGAGGAAAAGUGUCUUGUUAUACAGUACUUAUAUAAAAUGAGGGCCUAAGAUAUUUCAGAACUAUACUUCAUGCUCUCCCUGUGGUGCACAUAGUGGAGAUAAGAUUCCCAGUAAUUAAUUGAUAUUUCAUAUCAUCUCUGUUGAUGACUGCUGCAUUGGAUUUUUUCAGAAGUCAGACAUACCCUUAAAACUAUAUAUUUCCCAUGUCUGAUUUUGUGCAGAUGAAUCAUUUUUAAACAUCAAGCAUUCUUUUGCGUGUUUACAUUUGUCAGAUCAUGUUUGUAGAAUCUGUUGAAUCAAACUACUUCAAUGAACAAGAAGUGUUUCUUGAAAACAUGAAUCCAAGCGUUCUUCCCAUUGCAUAUCGUUGAUGUUUGCCCACACUGCUGGAGUAAGACUAAUAAUCAUGAUAAUAACCUCAUCCAUGUGGUCCUGUUUAUUUGAGCAGAUAUCGGAAUAUUGAGAGAGUGAAAGUCUGUUUUGCAAUCAAGUAUGCAAUCAACAUGAUCAAGUUGUUGUUUUUUUGUCUCAGAUAUCAGUUUUUAACUUAUUUCCAGUGUUGAUCAUGAGAAGUCAGGUAAAUAUGCUAAUUUGUUCAAACACUCACCUGUACAUGUUUGCCUGUCUCUUUGGCUUCUUGUGGCUUACACAGUACUCUAAGAUACAGCCAUUCACUGUGCAGAAUUGUUUCCCUUCCGUGUUCCAGGAUCUGCUGAUUGUGGGUCUGAUAUUACGUUGAUUGCGAAUCAUGCUUUGUGGGUAAAUGACCAGUGUUACAAUAAUUUGACCGAACAUGAUAAGCCUGAGCUACAGCUUGUGGGUUUCAGAAAAGUGGUAAUUGUCUGAGACUUCUAUCACUUGUGCUUUCUUCAAACAUUAUUCUGAUGUGCCGUGAUAUAAUGGGUAUACUGUCCAAAGUGGCGUUAAACCCAAUUCUCUCUCCUCUGCUUUAUCUUUAUUUAUCAUAUAGCAUCAGGAACUUGAAACAUUAUCACUUGUUUAGAUGAAUUCCUUUGGAUCAUUUCCACAAACGAACAUGACAAAUAUUGUGUGAUAUACCGGUAUGAUAAUAUCCAAGCAAUAAUGCACUAGUGAGGAGUAGCAACCAAUCUCAUUAAAAUCAGAUCGUAGUUCUCACAAUGGCUAACCAAAGGCCUGAGGACAUCCAUUUGAAUGACAUUCCGCGAACUUUGACCGAUGAAUGAAAUGACUAACGAGAAGACAACAUUAGAAAAUCAGAAAGCAGCUUUCUAGAGCUAUACUGCACUAGUUUCAAACAGGUGACUUCCAUUCCAAACUUUGCUUUGAAAAAUAUUUUGACAAAGUUCUAGAUUUAAAAUUUGAAAACUGAGAAAAAGAACAUUCAGGCUAUGCAAAGUCUCUUCCAUUCAAAUGUUUCUCCCAUUGAAGUGAGAGAUAGACGAUCAUUUUGACGGAAUCAGACGGAAUACGCCGUGUUAACCUUAAUGGGAUGUCCUCAGAUUUUUGUUUAUCGGUAGUGAAAACUAAGAUCUGAUUUUAAAGAUUGAGUUCAACUAGAUGUUUCUCAGGAUUUGCACUCGUGGCCUCCAUGUCAAAGGGUCCGUAGCUGAUUGAUGUAUAUUAAGUCUUGUCUCUUAGGUUACCUAUCCCCUCAGUGUUGAUUAGUAGCUAAUUUGUUUCAGCACAUAAAGACUUGUGUUAUUGAUGCGAUAAACUGGUACAAAAAGACUUGGUGUCAUGAUAAAUAUGCAAUGAAGGGGCCAAGCAGGAACUACUUUACAGUCCCCUACAUCCAUGCAAUGGCUUCUUCCUCAAUUGACUAGCAUUCCCAAUGAGCUUAGAAAGGGUUUUCCACUCUUUGGCCCAAACAUGUCGACAAACAUGGCUGAAAGUCAUUUGGCACUGUGUAAUAAAUUCCUCAGUGCACUAAACAUUUCAAGGUGGAACAGGUCUGCAGCAAACCAUGCUUGCUGUAAAAUGCGACUAUGCUUGUCGUAAAAGGCGCCUGAUCGAUGCUCAUGAUGUCAAUCACUGGAUUGUCUGGUCCAGACUCGAUUGUUUACAGACCGCCGUCCUAUAGCGGGAAUAUUGCUGAGUGCGGCGUUAAAUAACAUGCAAACAAACACUUAACAUUGUAUUCAUAAGGAUGUCUGAUGCUACUACAUUGAUUGUCAUUACAACAUCCAAUAUUUUAAGCAUGACAUUAUAUUAUAAAAAGUGUAUUACCCUCCUGGGUUUCUCCAUCAUUAAUAUGAUAUUUUAGAAAUAAAUGUUGUAUGGUGGGAACCUGUGGAAAUAGUGAGCCACUCGACUUCUGAUCUCUACUUCUCUCUAAGUCUUCAGGCACCUGGCCACAUGCAUAAUACCAUUGUAGCAAUAGGAUGAUCUGAACACCCCUAGUUGUGCAGAAGAAUGAAGCUUGUGCAGAGACAUGCAGAAGUCAUAGUGCUACCGUUGUUGUAUGCAAGUGGGAGUGGUGCCAGAGGAUAUAGUUGUAGAGAUAAUUGGCCAAGUGUCAAUUAGGUUUCAACCAUUUGAUAUUCUUGUAGCAGGUGGGUGUUUGUGAUGUAUGUAUAUACGUCUUUGUUUUUAUUAGAGAAAGGAUAUGAUUUGGGUCUGUGCUUUGAGAAGAAAACUCUACACGGAAGAACCAAACAAAAUUUGGGGACCCACCUGACCAUUAUAUUAGGUUUUUGGACUUAGGCUGUUAAACUGAAGCAAAAUUCAAAUUGUUCUGAUAGAGAAAUGUACUGUUGUCCUGUGUUACACACAGUCAACAUGGUCAACAUGGCUGCUUAAAGAAUGGGUUUGUUUGUCUGAUGAAGUGUGGGAGAUUGUUAUCUUGCCUGCUUGGUUAUAGUUGUACAUGUGAUAUACGUGAUCAUGGUGAUACACUGUUGUACACUGAUGUGGGUGUAGCUAUUGGACUGGGCUUACCGUACCUUAUUUCCUCUUUUCCUCUUUGAACAAACUUCCAGACCCAGCAAGUAAUGGAGGCCAGGUGGGAACUUGAGACCCAGCACUAUCUAUAUCUGUCAACUAUGUGUUGCAUGAACUUCAGUCACUAAAAGUGAAUUGAACAAUUGAAUUUUAUGAUCUUAGUACAGAGUUUAUUUGACUUUAGAUGUGGUGCUAAGGACAGGAAGUGCUAAAAUUGGAGCCUUUGUUUGUAAGCUUUUAUUUAUUCUAGGGUGAAGUAUUUCAAAUCUAACAUACCCACUGCUUAUUAGAGACCUGUGCUUAUUGUAUUGUGGACUGUUCGUUACCGGUGCUUAUUGGAGGCCUGCUCCUGUUGGAGACCUGGUGUUUGGAGGAAAUCGGUACCCUGACUUCAUGUCAAUAUGUGUUCUUCAGCUGUCCCAGUCGUCUAAGGUGCUGCGAUUCGCUGUGUAGAGUUGCAUCCCUUGGGCACGCCAGAAACCUAUAAUUGUGGGUUCGAAUCCCGGUUUACCCCGAUUAUGUUUCAAGGUUUGUCAGCGCCAUCCAUACCCGUGCUCGUGG